CUGGGCAUCUCCUCUUUCAUCCUGGUCUCCGGCUGUGCCAAUAUGGUUCUCAUGGCUGCUCUCUGGAUCCUCUACAUGUCCCUGGUCAAUGUGGGGCAGAUCUGGAUGGGAGUCCCAGCUUCUGGAGACGGGCUUCCUGGGGAUUUUCCUGUGCCCUCUCUGGACUCUGUCUCCAUUGCCCAGGGGGACCCCCACGUCCCGGAUCGUCCUGUGGGGCUAUCGGUGGCUGAUUUUCAGAAUCAUGCUCGGAGCGGGUCUGAUCAAGAUCCGGGGGGACCAGUGCUGGCAGGACCUCACCUGCAUGGACUUCCACUACGAGACGCAGCCGGUGCCCAACCCCGUGGCCUACUUCCUGCACCACUCCCCAUGGUGGUUCCACCGCUUCGAGACCCUCAGCAACCACUUCCUGGAGCUCGUGGUGCCCUUCUUCGUCUUCCUCGGACGGCAGAUGUGCAUCCUUCAUGGGGCCCUACAGAUCCUGUUCCAGAUGGUCCUCAUCAUCAGCGGGAAUCUGAGCUUCCUGAACUGGCUAACCAUCGUGCCCAGCCUCGCCUGCUUCGAUGACGCCACUCUGGGCUUCCUGUUUCCCUCGGGGCCCGGUUGCCUCAAGGACCAAGUCCUGAGGAUGCAGGAGGAGGAAGCUCGAGGGGCCAGGGCCCCACGGACACACGGCAGCGUGGCACGGCACACAGUCAACCUGGCGCUGGGCGUCCUGGUCGCCUGGCUCAGCAUCCCUGUGGUCCUCAACUUGCUGAGCUCCCGACAGGUCAUGAACAGCUCCUUCAACCCUCUCCGGAUCGUCAACACAUAUGGGGCCUUUGGCAGCAUCACCAAGGAACGCACGGAGGUCAUCCUGCAGGGCACCGCCAGCCCCAAUGCCAGCGCACCAGAUGCCAAGUGGGAGGACUACGAGUUCAAGUGCAAGCCCGGUGACCUGAGGCGGCGGCCAUGCCUCAUCUCCCCGUACCACCACCGCCUGGACUGGCUUAUGUGGUUCGCCGCCUUCCAGACCUAUGAGCACAACGAGUGGAUCAUCCACCUGGCGGGCAAGCUCCUGACCAACGACGCCCAGGCCCUAUCCCUGCUGGCCGUUAACCCCUUCGCAGGCAGGGCACCGCCCAGGUGGGUCCGGGGAGAGCACUACAGGUACAAGUUCAGCCGCCCCGGGGGCAAGCACGCUGCUGAGGGCAAGUGGUGGAUCCGGAAGAGGCUCGGCCCCUACUUCCCCCCGCUCAGCUUCCAGGACCUGAAGGGCUACUUCAGGUCACGGGAGUGGCCGUACCCCUAACCCGAAUCAAGGUGGCCCAGGGCUUGUGCCCCAAGAAAUAAAGUGGGAAGGCCGCAGUUUGGCUGCUCUGAGUGGGGUCUCCACAAGGAUGCGGUUGACUGCUCUGAGUGGGGUCUCCACAAGGACAUCCAGGGAAGCCGACCCAGAGAGGAGGGGCUGCCAGGGUCCUGGGUGGUUGUCUGUGCUUUCCUGUCUCCCCACAGUCAGUCCCCAUGGUCCCCAAGUCUCUUCGCUCUGGGUUCGUCAGAGGAAUCCCCAGAAAGCCCCCAGCCCUGCUCCACCCAGAUCGUGCCCCUUGUCACCAGGCAACCCCCCCGCCAGACACCAGCAUCCCGAUGUUGCACCCAGCUCUGGUCUGUCCCAGGACCACCUGCCCAUGCGGCCAAGAGGAGAGCCUCCCUCUCCUCUCUGCUCCCCCAAGCGGGUCCCCACCACGUCCAGGAGGGUCCUGCGUGAGAAAGUAGUCAGGGCUCCCUCUCAGAACCCACAUGCGCCCACACGUGCUCUUCUCCACACUGACCAGCACCCGAAGGUGUGGACAGAGGGCCUCUGUCCUCCUUGGGUGGGCCACCCCCACCAGCCCUGAGUGAGGCACCUCCUCCCCUCCUUUGUGACCACGUUGCCCAGUCUCACACCUGGAGCCUCCUGCUCCCUGACCUAGGGUGGGAGGACGGGACAGCAGGGCAGUCAGCCCCAGCCUGGGCACCAGGGUCCCCAGGGCAGCGAUUCUGAGGCCCAGUCACUGCAGGUUGAACUGGAUUAAUGGUGUGUUGCUUGGCAACCCUACUGGGCUGUGGCCCAUAACCUCUACGGCCUGAUGUCAGCAGUGAGUGGACACCCACCUGCCCCCCACCAUCUGGGGUGCCUGCCGCGCUGUGGAGGGUCCCGGCGGGAACGAGGUGGUUCAGGGUAGGAGGCCAGGCUGAGGUGGGCACAAGUGUGGAUCUGUGUGGAGCCCCCCCGCCUGCCUGGGGGCCUGGCCAGCCCAGGUGCCAACAAGAGAGGCUGUGUUCCUGCUCGCAGGCAAACA